AUGACUCAAGCCGCGCAGUACCCUACUGAGAGUGUCAAGUCUAUGUUCCCCACGGAUUCCGGUGGUGUGAACAACCCAGCUAGCGAGACCCUCGUGGACUCCUACCAGUCGCUCGACCCUGCCCGUGCUUCGCUGGAGGACUAUAAUCGCUCCAUGCUGCAGUACACUCAACGUCAAAUGUCUACCUUCGUUGACGUCGAUGACUCUCAUCGCGGGAGUGGCACCAGCAGCCGUAGCAGUCAGAGCAGCGGUCAGAGCGGCCGCAGCAAUGAUGCCACUGGCAUGGCGCGCAAUGCCAACGGCCCCCCUACGUCCGUUAACACCGCUGCUCACUUAGCUACUUCUAAGGUCAGCGGUCGUGACAUGGCUGAUAACGAAUCUGCUGCAUACUAG